AUGUGUCGCUCGUGCUGCGAGUACGAGCAGAUCCGAUGCAGGUGUCCGUCGCAGAGGACACAGGUGGGCUACGCGGUGCCCUGUUGCCGCAACGAGCUGGACGAGUGUGACCCCUGCAUUAUACACCAAGCGAGAUGCCAAAUGGACGUGUUGCAGCCUAUCUCUCCCAUCUCCCCCGACGUCAUCCUCCAGAGGUGCAGCAUUUUUGAGAACUGUAAGACGUGCAACAAUGGGACCUGGAAGCCCCAGGAUGAUUUCUACAUCAGAGAGCAGUACUGCACCGAGUGCCGUCAGGGCUGGUCUGGAGGGGACUGCAUGAGUAAGUUCAGAGAGCAGUACUGCACCGAGUGCCGUCAGGGCUGGUCUGGAGGGGACUGCAUGAGUAAGUUCAGAGAGCAGUACUGCACCGAGUGCCGUCAGGGCUGGUCUGGAGGGGACUGCAUGAAAUGUGGAGGUGUUAUCAGAAGACGUCAAGGUCAUGUGACUAUGGAGAGUUAUCCCAUCAAUGCCAAAUGUGAGUGGACCGUAUAUGUAAACAGAGGACUGACGAUUGACCUCAGGUUCUCAAUGCUCGACCUGGAGUUUGAUCACAAUUGUCGGUAUGACUACGUGGAGGUGAGGGAUGGUGACCGCAUGGACUCGCCUCUUAUUGGUCGAUACUGUGGCAGCGAAAGUCCUCCACCAAUCAUAAGCUCCCGGAAUUCCCUGCGCAUUCAUUUUGUGUCCGAUGGAUAUAACAACUUUGAUGGCUUCUUUGCUACAUUCCAGGAGGCCUCUGUAUGCAGUUCCUCCCCCUGUCUGCACGGGGGCACUUGCAACCUGGACCCUGUUGUGCCCUUCCGCUGUGUGUGCCCAGCUGACUACACAGGACAUCUGUGUGAGACCGCGGUUCCACUGAAGAAGGCCUGUGGCGUGCCUCCAAAGCCCCAGGAUGGGGAUUUCACUCUGCUGUACGAAGCAUCUGGAAAUGCUCUCAGCAUGGUGCAGUACUCGUGCCACAAAUCUUACCGGCUACAGGGCACGACGCAGAGGAGCUGCUCGUCCAAUGGCACAUGGAGUGGAGCAUCGCCCACGUGUGUCAAAGACUCCAACAAGAGUAACUGCCCUUCAUUGCCUAAGCUUCAACAUGGGCAUUAUAAGACGCUGGCUGGAAAGACAUCACACAUGGUGGAAUUUCACUGCAAGAACUCCUAUGUGCUGAGUGGAAAUUCACGCAGAAGCUGCCUUGCUGAUGGAACUUGGAGUGGCAAGCAGCCACAGUGUGUGAGAGCUUGUCGUGAGCCUAAGGUGUCGAAACUUGUGAAACAGAGGAUUCACCCACCUCACGUUGCUCUCAGGAGAAAUACCACACUUGGGCUGUACACCCUGACCAACCUGAGGAUACCAGGAACGGCCGCCCUGAGUGAAGAGGUGACCCCUGUCGAGCCACUUCCUGCUGGGUUUCACCCUCUGUUUACCCAGAUCGAGUACGAGUGUGCCUCCCCACUCUACCAGCACUUUGGCAGUGCCCGGCGCACCUGCCUCAAGACGGGGAAGUGGAGCGGGCACCAUGUUUCCUGUUCGCCAGUGUGUGGAAAACUCGGAUCGGUCAGUCCCCAGACGCUGGCAGAGACACAGUGGCCUUGGCACGCGGCCAUCUACCACCACAUCUCUGACGGAGCCAGCGCGGGCAGCACAGGGAGGGAGGAAGCCAGCUCUGGUGGGGGCAGAAUCGGGGACAAGCGAGGCGAGCGUUGGCAGUUGACAUGCAGCGGGACCUUGGUGAACCAAUACAGCGUGGUGGUGGCAGCACAUUGCGUGACAGAGCCGGGCAGUGUCCAGCAUGUUCGCCCGGCUGAUAUCAAGAUUGCCAUGGGCAAGCGCACUUUAAGAGCGCAUAUGAACACAGAGACAUCCAACUUCUUGCGGGUGGCUGCCAUCUUGAUUCACCCAAAUUACAACCCAGCUGGGCCGGACUCUGACCUGGCCGUACUGAAGCUGCUGGACAAGGCCAGAAUCAGCGAGCAUGUCAUGCCCGUGUGCCUACCCCGACUGCAAGGAGGAGAGGUUACUGCCCAGCAGGGGUACGCCAUCGACUGGGCCCUGCCUGAGAGCUCUGCCCAGGACGACACGGCAGUGUCAGCUCAGACUGGGCUGAUUGAGCUGAGCGAUGUCUUGCAGUGUGAGAGACAGUACAGUCUCAAUGGGCUUCCCGUGGCCAUCACCGACAACAUGCUGUGUGGCCGCCAGCAUCCCCUCAGCCCCACGCCGGUCUGCUACUCCGCCACCGGUGCGCUGGUCGUGGUCCAGUCCCCUCCUCCUCCUCCUCGCAGCCCCCACCGGUCACCUCUCUCAGGCAACGACAGACGCGAUAGCGACAGCGACAGCGACAGCGACAGCGACCAAGGUACCUGGGAGCUAGUCGGCCUGGUGAGCUUUGGGUAUAAACAACGCAAGUGCAGCCCAGAACUUUACAGCAUCUACACGCGUGUGAAUAACUUCAAAGUGUGGAUCGAGAAGAGCAUUAAGUAGAGGCCCCUGCUGAACCACGCUUACUUAAAGGCCUCUGCUGCUGCAGAACAUUGGACCAGCUGCUGGGUUGGAGCUUCUGGACUCGCAGAGGCUUAAAGACACUUGCAUGGUUUAGUAGAGUGGUCUCUCAGAUCGCAGACACUGCUGCUUUAUUUCUCCAAAUGAAUAUUUCUAUUCAUCUAUUUCUAUUUCUAUUCUAUCCAAAAUUUUCUAUUUUUUUACAUCACAUUUUAUUUGCAAUUUUGUGCAAAUGUUCCCCUUUGCAAUGGAAUGCAUUAUCAAUGCAAGUCAAAGGCCAACACAAGGAGUUUUUUUUUUUACGGCUCCAUUCUUGUUGAUUAUGGGAAAGAGAUGUUCUCAGAUCAAACACGUUCAGGUGUCUGAGCAUGUGUUAGUGGGGGGAGCAGUUAGCCAAACGUGCAGUCACUCAUUGAGAAUCACUUAUAGGGGAUUUGCAGGCUUUAGCUGCUCGCGUUCCUUGCACAUUCACUGCUGUCCCUGUGAGUUCACAUAGAGUCUCCCCCUCUAAGACAUCCACUGUGACGCAACAACACCUUGCACCUUGUUGAGCCCCUGUUACUUCAACACUGCUAGUAAAUUCACCAACAUAUAACGUACAGCACUAGAAAGUGAUAUAAUGUAUGCUUGCAAAUAUACAAAUAGACACUUGGUCAUUCAGAUGUGCAUGUUUGAAUAGCAUGUAUCACACAACAGUUAAUAGUGUAAAUGAGAA